AUGCUCAGGGCCCACCGAGGGCCAGCAACACCAACAUACCCGCUUCACCGUCUCGGAAGGACCCUCGCGGAGGAAGACCCACCAGUCAUGUUUUCAGAUCGCAGCAUGGAGCUGCGAAUGUCAACAUACCUCUUCUGCUGCGCGUUGAUCUCGCCCCCUCCUCCCUCAGACCUCCUAUCAAAUUACUUCACCAAGUCGCCCAAGAUCACAGAGCACGGCCCUGAGUGGUCACGCUCGCGGCUGCCUUUCCUAGCCAAGACAUUCUCUGGCAAAGACGGCUGCGAGGAGUACUUCAAGCUGAUGACUGAUGUGCUGGACAUGGUCUUGCCGGAUGAUGCGUUCCCGCGAGACAGCGGGUUCAUUGUGGAUGCAGAUGCUGGGAUGGUGAGUGUUGUCGGCAAAGGAAGGUUUACGAGCAAGAAGACGGGCAAGGGAUGGGAUGAGCAGUUCAUCUAUCGGUUCAGUGGGUUUGAUCAUGAGGGGAAGAUAGGGCAUUGGGAGAUAUGGGCGGAUCCUUUGAGUGCUUGGGAGGCUGUUGGGGAGUGA